GCAGUCGUGUUAUCAGCGGGUGGCCAACGUGCCCGUUUGCAGCCGCAGCUCUAGUUAAAUUUUUUUUUUUUUUUUUUUAUAAAUCAAAAUUUCAAAAAACACCGUAUAUUAUUAUAUUAUAAAAAAAAUAUAAUAUAGUAUAAUAUUGUGCUAUAUUCCCAAUUAUAUAUAUUAUAUAUAUAUAUAUAUACACAUAAAUAAUAUUCCGCAGCGGUCUUCUGUUGUCGGUUUCGAAAUCCGUUACACUGUUUAAUAAAAUUUAAUAUAAUACUCAGACGUGUGCAUUACGAGCAGGAGAGGUUCGCGCGCGGCAUACCAUUAUUCCGCACGGGACCGUUCGUGAUAUUGUAUAAAUGGGGGAGUACAAAUUUAGUGUAAAUUCUAGUUUAAGUUCUAUCGAGUACCAAUCGUCGGUGAACACGUCCGGGUUGCCGUCAUCGUCGUCGUCGUCACAGUCGUAUUUUGCCGACGACGGCCCACAGCAGUUGCAGGACGUUGCCGUCAAACAGCAGAUCUCACCGUCACCGGUCAACGGCGAUCACCAACAGCUGCCCUCCACCAAAGGCUCUGUCAAAGAAGAUUCUGUGUUGGCAGCGUUAGGUGGUGGUGGUGGAGGUGAUAAAUCAUCGGGCGGCCCACAAAUGCAGUUACCAUCAUCUUACAACAAUGAAGCUAGUCUUAAUGUGAUAAACUCGUCGACCAACUCGUCUACGUCUAGUCUAUGGUCAGCAUCUGUCGAUGAUACGUUAAUACAUGGGUUAAAUGCAUCUGCGGCUGCAAACAACGCUAAUUUCCCAAAUACUUUGUACAAUACUGGCUUGGGACCUCAUCAACAGCAACAGAUACCACAGCAACAUCAUCAUAGACGUCAAGCAUCUGGCGCCACGCAUAAUUUCCCUCACAAUCUGUCUAGGCAACUGCAACAGUCAGCUCAUCCGCAGAACCUAUACAUGGCCAGUAAGGGAUAUUCUUGGUCACAGUCUCAUCAGAAUUCGUGGCUUAAUUCUAGUCAAAAUCAAAGUGGUAUAGCUGGUUCGUCAUGGAAUCGUGGUCGUUCUGUACCUAAUUUGAAUCCAAUGCAUGCUUUAGCUGGUCGUAAGCCAAAUACUAAUUACAAUCAUCAUCAACAUCAAUCUACUCCUAUGAAUUCAUCAAAAUUUAGACGUAGUACUUCAUAUCCAGGCAAAGGAUUAUUCAAUCAAAAUUCUACAACUUUUGAUAUUAACAACAUCGAUGAGACAGACGCAAUGAGUUAUCAGGAACGUUGCGGAAACGGUACUGGACCUUUGGACAACAUGCGUAAUCUUGAACACUAUUUAAACGAUAUUAUGCGUUCUGGUACGGAAAAUCCUGAACACGUAAAAGGUUUCAUUAACUCGAACACUCUACAUUCUCUAGCUCACCUACAUGGUAAAUCGCCCUUCUUUCAAACACUCGAAGAUCAAACGGGAUUGUUGGACGACCCUGGUUCGCAUUUGAUCGAUACAUCCGUGCAAGCUCUAACUUCGCCAUCUCGUUCAUCGCCUCACAGUCAAGGAUCGGAAAGCAGCGAAAGGUUUUCCAGAAAAGUGUUUGUAGGCGGCUUGCCACCUGAUAUCGAUGAAGAUGAAAUCACUGCUAGUUUCCGCAGAUUCGGUCAACUAGUGGUUGACUGGCCUCACAAAGCUGAGAGCAAGUCUUAUUUUCCGCCAAAAGGAUACGCUUUUCUUUUAUUUCAGGACGAGUCUUCGGUACAGCAAUUGAUCGAUGCGUGCAUUCAGGAUGAUGACAAACUAUAUUUGUGCGUGUCUUCGCCAACCAUCAAAGACAAACCAGUGCAAAUUAGGCCUUGGCGUCUGUCCGACGCAGAUUUUGUACUGGACGCAUCCAUGCCGUUAGAUCCCCGAAAAACUGUGUUCGUGGGUGGCGUGCCCAGACCGUUGAAAGCCGUCGAAUUGGCUAUGAUCAUGGACAGAUUAUACGGCGGAGUAUGUUAUGCUGGUAUUGAUACCGACCCAGAGCUUAAGUAUCCGAAAGGAGCUGGCCGAGUAGCGUUUAGCAACCAACAGAGCUAUAUUGCUGCUAUUAGCGCCCGCUUCGUACAGCUCCAACAUGGAGAUAUCGACAAGAGAGUCGAAGUUAAACCGUACGUGCUUGAUGAUCAGAUGUGUGAUGAGUGCCAAGGUCAGAGAUGUGGUGGCAAAUUUGCACCAUUCUUUUGCGCCAACGUCACUUGUUUACAAUACUAUUGCGAACUAUGCUGGGCAACGAUCCACUCAAGACCGGGUCGAGAAUUUCACAAGCCAUUAGUUAAAGAAGGCGCAGAACGUCCAAGAACUGUGCCAUUCCGUUGGUCAUAACGUAAGAUUCCAAAACGAGUAGUCACAUUUUAUUAAUCCACUUAUUUGUUUUGUUUUUUUAUUUUAUUUUAUUAUUCUUACGCAUGUUUAUACAAAUGAUAUAAAAAAUUUUAAUGUUUUUGAAUAGUCUUUUUAAAAUCUGUCGUUUUUUAAUGCGAGAACUGUUUUUUACAAUUUUUUUAAUCUACCUUUAUUACACAAUUAAGCCUCUACUGACUUAGGGAAAUUGACGGUUUUUUUUUUUUUAUUGUAAUUAUUCUUUAGGACUAUUUAAAUAAUUCAGGGUAAACACAAUGGAUAGGGCUCUUUACACCGAGCAAAAACGAAUUGUAUUAGUACUACUAACGAAUUGUAUUAGUACUACACAAACCUUCCAAAGAACUUAGAUUUGUUUCGUUAGAACUAUUUUUCAUUUUAUUUUUAUUGUUUUUCAACUGUUGGUUUUUCUCUUUAUACUUAGAUAAUAUGCAAUUUCCAAAAAUAUUUUUUUUUAUAUAUAUAUAUUUUUUUUUUUUUUUUGUUAAAUAACCUAACUUAAGAGUUUUGUUUUUAUUUUAUUUUAAAGUUUAUUAUUUUUAGAUAAAUUGUUUCGACUACUGCCACCUUUUUAUCAUAAAAUUUUUAUAGAUAUUGUUUUAAUUUUGUUUUUGUUUUGUUUUGAUAAAAUGGUUUUUUUAUAUACACAUUUAAUAUAUAUAUAGUAUAUAUAUGUAUAUAUAAAUAUAUACAUAUUUAUAUAUAAAAUAUAUAAAUAAAUUAAAUAUUGACAUUAUUAUUUUGCAAGUUAAAUCAGUUUGGUUUAUAAAUCUUUUAUUUUCCCAUAAUUUUUGUUCUUAAUAUUAUCUUAUUAUUAAUUAUUUAUAUUUUUGGGGGCAAUAUUGUAUAGAAUAACCAAUAUAUCUAAUUGAUAUUGCGGACGUGGACCACAGGUGUUACCUAUAGCAAUCGAAACUCUUUAAUAAAUUAAUUAAUUAUCAAUGUGCAAUGUUUCGUAAAUUAAAUGUAUGCAUGUAUUCAUGCAAACAAUAGGUGUGCCCUUUUCCUGGUUUUUCGCCAAGUUUAAAAUUACAAUACGAAAUAAAAAGAAUACGAUAUUAAAUAUAUUUUUCUACUUCUUUUUUAUAUUUUUUAGGCAGCUUCGUUACGUCUUAGCCUAGUUACCAAUUCUAAAACGUUAAAAGUUAAAAAUAAUAAGAAAAUAAUAUUUAAAAUUACACAAAACUGAAAACUGAUGUUUUCUCAUCAAAAUUUGUAUUACCUUUUUUAAAUAAAAAAAAAUGAAUAACGUUUGUUGAAUGUUAUUUAGUUUCAAAAGUUUUUAAUAUUUCGUUAUUUGUUUUUUGAUAUUGAUAGUAUUUAGUUUUAAAAAACCUACCUUUAUUUUUUAUAAUAAUUCUCUAUAUUUUUAAUAUACUCUACUAUACCCUUAGGAACCCGAUCGGUUUUAUAAAAUACCUCAAUUUUCGAGUCAUGCUUAACGCAGGUCUUCUGCCCCUUUACUCCUUAUUUUUCCACUGAAAUUGACAAUGUUCGGGAGUUUAAAAUGAUGAAUGAUAUAAAAAAAUAUUAAUUGUUAUAUAAAGUUCUUACAAAUUAUAGAUAAUUUAUCUAUGAAUCACUACUAUUUUUCAAUUGGUCGGUAGCAUUAUAUUUAAGUUUUAGAAAUAGUUAGAAAUGUUUUCAGAGUCUUUUGAUCACUGUUGAAUUAUCUCCAGUUGUGUUCUAAAUGAUAAUGUAUCUUUAGCACAAAAAUUUCUUAUGCUGUUCAUUAUGUAUACUUCACAUUAGUAUCAAGUUCGAGUUUAUAAAAUCAUAUCAAUAAUUGAUGUUAAGCGAUGAAUUUAUAUUAACAUUGAAGACACUCUACUCUUUAACAUUUAACAUCAGUGCUACCGAUUCAACCAAUAUACAGCAAUCAUACAGUAUUAACAAUUAUUUGGCCCUCUUUUUCCUUUAAAUCAUACCUCAGUUUUCAUUGUCAUUUGAUUUGGUAACAUUAAGCUGAGAAGAUAAAAUCAAAAAACAAGUAAUUUAAAUACAUUGUACUUAAAAUAAAAUAUAUACUAUACAUUUUUCAAUAAAAAAAAAAAAAAAAAAAAAUUAUAAAUAUAAAAUUAAUAAAACAUUUUUAAGAAUGGUGAUUUAUACUAUAAUAAUAGAUGAUACUGCGUUUUCUUGCACUUGAUUUAGAGAGUAAUGAUAAAUUUCACUAUGUAUAUAAGAAAAACAAAAUAAUUAUGGUUUAGGAAAAUUGUUGUGUUUUCUUUUUUUUUUUUUGGGGGGGGGGAUUUAGUGUAAUUUUUAUUAUGAAUCGAUAAGUUUUUUAAUCGCACCUAAAAUAUAUAAAUUAUUUAUAGCGAAUUUUUUCAUUAUAUACAUUAGGUUUAUUAAUAAUAUAUAUGAAAAAAAAAAAAAAAAAAAUAAUUUUUAAAAUAUUUUGGCAGUCAGAUUUUACUAGUUUCUAGUCAAAUUAUCAUUAGCCCAUUAUGUUCCUAAGCACAGGAGCCAUAUUUAAUAAUACAAAUAUUAAAAGUAGAUAAUUUUUUUCUUUUCUUUUCUAUUGCUCAUUACUUUAACAAUUAAACAAUUUAAACAGUUAAAAUUUUCAAAAAGAUUUUCCACUUUUAAAAUAAUAUUUUUUUCUUUUUUAUGCUGACAAACUGAUAUUUUAUAUAUUAUUAAAAUUAAAAUUACAAAUAUUAUUCAAAGUUAGACUUAGCUAUUUUGAGAUAACAAAAAUAAAUAAAUAGUUGUAUUUUUUUUAAACUUUUUUGUCUAUUAAAUGCUAAAUAAAAAAAAAGCAUUAUACUUUAAGUGUUCAUUGGUGUUUAUAUAAUAUAAUAAUGUCUGUUUGUCAUUUAGUGUUUUGGCUUGUGUGGUUUUUGCGGUAGGGAAAUAAUUUUAAUUUUUCUUUAAAAAUAAAACAAUCUUUUAUAAUUUUAUUACAAAUUUUAAUAUUAUGUAAUUACUUGUUUUUAUUUCGCUGGCCAUUCUGACAUACAUGUAUUUGGCUGUGAUACAGUAUUUUGUACAUCUUUUAUUUUUUAACUGCGUAAUGCUCGUUUAAUUGAAUUGUUAACUCGUUUAUCUUUUCUUUUACUUUUUUAUGGGAUGAAAAUGGUUAUAUAUAUUUUUCUUUUUUCUUUUAUUUCAUGUAAAUUAAUAAUACUUACAAUAACUUGUCCGGUUUUCUGUAAGGGUCGGUUACCACUUAAUAUAUUUCGUUUUUUAUUCUUAAUAGUGCAAUUACUUCUCUGUGUAAAUAAAUUGUUUUGUUUUCCCCAUAUAUUUUUAAUUGAUCAAUAAUUUUAAGCUUAAUUAUUCUCGUUCCUCUUACAGUUCGAAUGAUGAUGAUAAUAAUAAUAAUAAUAAUAAUAAUAAUAAUAAUAAUAAUUGAAACUUGUACCUAUACGGUAUUUUUUUUCCUAUGGCUCAAUAUUUUCUUCCAUACAAGUGUUUUAUUAAAUAAGCUAUUUGCUGCACGCCAAACGCAUAUUUAAUUUAAAGUUUAAAAAUUAACAAAACAUAGAUAAUCCCACUUUUACUACAACUAUUACAACAUUUUAAUCAAAACAUAAUCAUUCUUCAAGUUCAUGUUUUAGUUUUGUUAUUUAAUUAUUAUUAGUAUUAUUAGUAUUAUUAUUUUUUUUUUUUUCAAAACAUCAAGUAGAAUAAUAACCAUUUAUGUUAUUUAUUUUAUAAUCUGUUUGACAAACUUUAGUAAAAUUUAUUGUAUAAUUUGUUUAACUAAUAUUUACCACAAUUUGUUAUAAACAACGAUUACCAUUGUGCUGUUGUUGUAGAAUCUAUAAGCUAAUAAUUAUUGUGUGUUUUGAACAGAUAUUUUAUUUCUGUAAAAUCCAAAUACACAUACAUAUUCAAAAAUGUGUUAUAUAAUUUUUUUUCUUUUAUAUUUAAAUAGGCAGGACUGUGAUAUGAUCAAUAAGAAUGAUUAUAAAAACAGAUACCUAUAUGUUUGGUUUGUUUAAUUUUUUUCUUUAUGGUCUAAUUAAUUAUGUAAAACAUUUUUAAAUAAUGUCGAUCGUAUUGAUCUCUUGUCCAGAAAAAUAAAAAAAGUAACUUACAUCUUGUUAAAAAUAAAAAAAAAUAAAAAAAAUGUUAAAUUAAUUUUAGUUUUUAUUUUAUUAGUUGGUUUUUUUAUUUACCUGGGAUUUUUAUUUAUUAUUAUAAUAUUUUUUUUUCAAAAACUUUUAUUUAGCGUUUUUUGUUUGUUUUAUUAAUUUAUUAUUAUCAUUAUUAUUUUGUAUGUACCUAUGCAAUAUAAAAUGCAUAUUUUAAUUUCAAAGACACAAAAUAUAAUAUCAAAUUGCCAGCUGGAAGGGAAAGUGAGACUUGAGUUCAAUAAUUUUGCUUUUUGUUAACUUAAUAUUAAAAAAAAAAAAUAUAAUAAACGUAAUUACCUAAUUAUUUACUAUAAUAGAGAUGGAAAAUAAACGAUAAAAUAUUCUUUUGUAGUAUAGGUACUUAGUUUAGAUAAAUGCUAAAAAGAACUAGCCUAUGCUAAAUAUAUUAUUUGUGUGCAUUUUUUUCAUCACUCCUAUUUUUUAUGAAUUUUGUACGUUUUUCUAAUAUAUAUUUUUUUUUUUGUAUACUACGUAUUUUUUAAAUGUAGUAAUGUUGGACAAAUCUAUUAUACAAUAUUAAAACUUUUUUUUUACCCAAAUACUCUAAAUCAAAUUUUUCUUGAAAAAUAAUUAUGAUUAUUUCAUUGUAAUACUUAAGUAAAGAUUUGUCAUCUAUUAUUUUAUUUUAAUAAUAUAUAUAUAUAUAUAUAUAUAUAUAUAUAUAUAUUAUAUAAUAUGUAUAACACACAGUGUCCAACUUGCUUUUCCCGGUAACUUGCCCCGAUGUUUCGAUUGGGUCAAUUUAUUAUGGUUUUGUUUUUGUUUUUAUUUUUAUUUUUUGUUUUGUUUUGUAAAAUCAUUAUAAUAAUGUAUAUCCGUAUAAUAAAAAAAAAAUAAUAAAAUAUUA